AUGGCGAGCCCCAUCGGUUAUCUCAUUCAUCCCGAUCCCCCACCGGCACAUGGCCCGGCCCCUCGUGUCGUCCCGGCGGUCGCCCGCCCGACGUCCGGACCCCACCACAAUCCACCCGUUCCAGUCAACAACUCCGGAUUUCCCAACUCCGGCCCGGUCCCAGCCCCGGCUCACCCGCCCACAUCCCGACCCGACCCGGAAAGCGGGAGUACGUCGGAUCCAAACACCCACAACCAGGCCCAGCCCUUGUAUCAGUGUGCCGAUUGCUUACGUAGACACAUUGCAUCCCAUACACUUGGGAAACGAUUCACGUGUGAUGUCUGCUCCAAAGGCUUCUCCCGCGCUGAUCUGCUCAAACGGCACCGCACCAACCAUCUCGAGGACAAUGGCAAGAAGCGCAGACGGCUCAACGGCGACCCCUCCGUCGGCAGGGUAGGACAGGCCUGCACCGCAUGUGCCCGCGCGCGAGUAAAAUGCGAAGAUUCCAAACCGCAAGUUCCCGAAGCCACACGCUUCCCCGCAGGAUCUACUCGCGGUUUAUCCUGCGAGGUUGUCCCCUCCGAGGACGCUGCUCUUAGUUCUGCCCACCACACCCCCGCGAGUUACGUGAGACACCACAAGUCCACCCCUGAAUUUUCUACGGCUGUGUCGAAUACACCAGGCCACCUACACCAUCGUUUACCCGUGUCCUCCUCUUCCUCCUACGCUCCGUCUGCCCCGUCUGCAAGCCCCGAGGACUACAAAGAGGGCGCCAUGACCCCGGCUAGCAACAAUCCCCAGCUGCAGCCCCUAAACGCUUCAGCUUCCACUCCCCUGAGCCAAAGCCAAACCGUACCUGCAACCUAUGACUCGUACCCCUCAAAUAAUGCAGUCGUAGGGUACGCUGCUCAAGAAGGUGUAACAGCCGAGUUCCCCGACUUCCUUCGCGGCGUUUUGUACGCUCCCAACCAGCCCGUACCCAACGCUUCUCGGGUUCCAGACACCCAGGACCCGUUCGCCUUGGACUUUUACGACGACACGACCCUCGAUUUUAACGAGUUCAAUUUCAACUUACUGAAUCACUGGAACGUCGGCCCGGCUCAGAGCACCGCGGCGGCCGAACCCACAACCGCCCCAGACAACAACCGAGACCCCGCGGGCGUGGCCGACGUGAGCCAGAUAAAAGCCAACUUAAUCAAGAUCUGGGACGAGUCCCCGUGGAGAUGGAUACCCCAGAACACCGACAAUCGCUACACCGACCAGUCUCAUCUCCCCUUGCCCACAAACGUCGUCCAGGAUAAGGAUACCCCCUCCCGAGGUGCUCCCACCGGUGCUCCCACCAUCAACCGCGUAUCCAAAGAGACCCUCCGUCCGUCCUGUCGUGACAGGAUCCUCGCCAUCGUGCUCAGCACCUGCCGCGAGGCCCGCAUGGCGAACCGCGUCGCCUCGUCCUUCCCGUCCGCAGAGACCAUGGAUUCGUGGAUCAAUCUCUUUCUGGCCGCCCACAUGCGCCAGCCCUCGUCGUGGAUCCAUUACGGCUCGUUUUCGCUCAACGCCCAAUGGCCUGAGUUCUUGGUCAGUGCCGUGGCCGCUGGGGCAGUGUUGACGCCCGUGCCGGCUUUUCGGCGGUUUGCAUUCGCGUUGCAGGAGGCAAUUCCUGCUAACUUCGCGCAGUUUGAGGAAAACAACGAGUUCAUUUCCGAGAUCAACAAAGUCCAAGCGUUGGUGCUUCUGCAAGAUGUCGGCUUGUGGUGCGGCAACAAACGAAAAAUGGAGAUUACUGAAUGUCGUAAGGGUCGGUUCAAUAAUUCGUCGUACCCCGAUCCUGUCAUCCACCCAUUCGACGAGGGCAAGGUGCUGGAGGAAAAGUGGAAGGAGUGGCAUCAGCAUGAGUCCUGGAAGAGACUCAUUUUCCAUGUCUACAUUCGAGAUGCCCAGGCAUCCAUGACCCAACUCAACCCUCCUUUCAUGUCCUAUGCCGAACUGAUCCUACCCCUGCCAGCCCCCCGGGAGCUCUGGUUUGCUAGCACCGCCGAAGAGUUUAAAGCCCGUUAUCUUGCAUCAUCUGGCGGCUACAAACGCCCCCCCUCCCUGGUCGAUAUCCUCCGCGACGUCAACGUUCUUGCCGAACAUCAAUCGCAUGUGGACUGGGCUUUUGCCACUUCCAUCUAUCUGCACGCCGUCUGGUCUUUGGUUUGGGAGUACCGCCAACUCCUUUCAGUACACGUCACCCCGAAGUUGUCCCAGACACCUACCACCACUGCGCUUCUCCUCGACUCCCGCCGCAUCGAACUCAUCGCCCAACUCCGAGCGUUCCGCCAACUUACCCUGCACCAUCUCCGCCCCCAUGACUCUCCCCCUUCUCCGUACGAAGGCCUCCUCAUCCACAAUCUCCUUUUCCAACUGCACACCCCCCUCGCAGAUAUACAGCUUUUCGUCGGCAAAGAAGACGAGCACCAAGCCCGCCGCGUAUACCCGUCCUUACAGCGCUGGGCAGCGUCGCGCGACGCCCGUCAGGGGAUGUGGCACGCGGCGCAAGUGCUGCGCUGUGCCAAAGCAUUUCCGCGGGGCCGCCUGAGAGAGUUUUGCGUGUUGGCGACGGGGCAUCUGAUGUUGGCGGUGUGGGCGUGGGGGGUGCUGACUAUGAUGCGCGUGGCAGCGAGUCCCAGUGAGAAGCAUCGCGGAGGGGGUGAACACUACGAUAAAGGGGCGAUUGUGUUUCUUGACCGGGGGUCGGAUGGUGUGGAUGAUGGGACAACAACAGCGGGGGACGAGACACCCGACGUACGAAGGUGGAUUGACUCGGACCAGGGACGGCCAGCACUCACUUGGAGCGGAACAGCCCAGCGCGACGACAGUACCACCGCCAGCAGCAGCAGCGGCAGCAACAGCAAUGACGCUAAGAGGAGCCAUGUCGCGACGAGUAAUCCCACCGAUGGAGAACCGUGCUUCCUGGAAGAUCCCAAGGCGUGUAUACAGCUCGCGCAGGAGGUUAUACGUGCGAAUUUUGUCGGUGUGUGGGAGACCUCGCCGCCGAUGAAUGAGAAUAUUGUGGCUUCUCUUGCGCAGAUGGAGAAAGCGGUUGGGAAAAUGGGUGGUUAG